CGCGCAGUGAUAGAGAGAGAGAGGAAAACAGUUGGAAAAAAGGAGAGGAGAACAACAUGGACACCAACAGAGGCUUUAGUUAACGUGUGACGCGGCCCGCAGCUCUCCUCCUCUGCCGCACGGCUGCUCCGUUAUGUCGGACAACCCGAGGAGAAUAAUGAUGCCAGGGAAUGGAGGAACUCUUCAGAAACCCCGCUGCUGAACGCGCUGUGCCUUCAGGGUUAAAGGACGCCACCGGGACGUAGCGCGGACGCGUAAAGCCAGGAGCGCCCGAUGCUACCCAACGCGUCGUGCUCUCCAACAACCAGGCCACGGGCAAUGUUUUGUUCUUCUUCUCCUCCCCCCACACACGCGCAUAUUUUUUUUUUGAGGAGAAGGGGAAAUUUCUCUGCAUCGAAUUUCUUUCGGACGGGAUGUCAUCCGCAGUCAGGAGGAGUUCCUCUGGCUGACUGAUCCUCCAGCUGCCGAGAGAGAGAGAGAGAGAGAGAGAGAGAGAGAGAACAUGGGAGAUGCUGCAGAAGACGCAGGGAUGAGUCGGACCUUCAUCGUCCCUGCGGUCAAGAGCUUCGACCACUACGACUUCACCAGGGCCAAGGUCUCGUGCAGCCUGACGUGGCUGGUGGCCAAGGCGUUCGGCUCGGAUGCCGUACCAGAAGAGCUGGCUCAGCCAUUAUACCGGGACCAGUACAACCAGGAGCACCUGAAGCCCCCGAUGGCCUGCCUGCUCCAGUCCGCAGAGCUCUACUGCCGGGCGGGAAGCCUGAUCCUCCGCAGUGAUGCUGUCAAACCGUUACUGGGGCACAACGCCGUCAUCCAGGCGCUGGCCCAGAAAGGCCUGUACGUCACCGACAAGGACCGACUGGUCACUGAGCGAGAGCUGACCGGCACGCCGAUACACAUGAGUUCCCAUCUGGCGCUCAUUGACACCCUGAUGAUGGCGUACACGGUGGAGAUGGUGAGUGUGGAGAGAGUCAUGACCUGCAUCAACAGGUACUCCUCCGCUGAACCCUCACACAGCCAGGAGCUGCCUUAUGACACCGAGGAUGCAAUCGCCACUUGGAUCAACAAGGUGAAUGAACAUCUGAGGGACAUCCUAUUUGAAGAGCAAAACCUGAGAGAGGCCUCCCUCCAGGAGUCAAACACAACACACAGAGCUCUCUGCAGGUGGGAUCAUGCCCAGCAGAGGAGCACGCCAUCGCUCCCCCUGGUGGAGAACCUGCUGAAGGACAACACAGACGGCUGUGCUCUGACCACACUGCUGCAUUUCUACUGCCCACAGGCCGUCAGACUGGAAGAUAUCUGCCUCAAGGAGACCAUGUCUUUGGCCGACAGUCUGUACAACCUUCAGCUGGUGCAGGAGUUCUGCAGGAGCAACCUCAACCACUGCUGCCACUUCAGCCUGGAGGACAUGCUCUAUGCACAUGCAUCGAUGAAGAGUAACUACCUGGUGUUUAUUGCUGAGCUUUUCUGGUGGUUUGAAGUGGUUAAGCCCUCAUUUGUACAGCCCAGAGUCUUCGAUCCAAACGCCUGUGAGCCUGUAACAUCCUGUAGAACUAUGGCUCCUGUCUCCAGUCCAAUCAAACAGAGCGAUGCAGACAGACCUGGCAGCCCCGAGGAUGCCCCUGCACAGGGGAUAAUGAAGAGGUCUACUUCCAUGUCCUACGUUGAUGGCUGUGUUGGGACAUGGCCCAAAGAAAAACGCUCCUCCUGUCGGGGAAUCUCCUUUGAGAUUCCUCUGGACGGAGACUCCACUGAAGCCUCCUCCCUCGGUGGUAUGCCCCGCUCCGCCAGCAGUGACGGUCUGGGGUAUAAAGUUCACUAUGCAUCUCGAGGAGGCAUGAAGCGCCACCUCUCCCUCAUGCCUGGAGAUGUAAACGGCCAGAGCAGACACAUACCUGAGGAGGACGAGGAGUUCACCUCCAACAAACCACUCGGGCGGAACAACACCUUCUCAGUGAAGAACCAAAGCAGGUACUCCAAUGGGGUUCUUCCAGACAGCAACCACAGUAGCUACACCAGCCCAUCAACUCCUCCGAGCAUUGAAGAGGCCCUCAAGAUCAUCCACGACACUGAACGGCCCCACGCUAGCCUGGGCCUGGGGGACGGAGACAAUGGCUUCUUUCUCCACGGUUCGGAGCCUUCAGACCCUGCAGGGGACCAAGGUCACGGAGACGACCCGGGUUCAGCUAAGACUCGGCUGAACGACCACGACCCCUACUCAGUGUCCACAGAUGAAGUUGACACGGGCAUCCAUGUGGAGACAGAGGACAUCCAGAGCUUGGAUGAGGACUCCUCCUCCCUGAGAGACUAUUCAGACAUAGACCGAGACUGCGAGGCCACGACCCGGUCGUGUCCUCUGCUCGGCCAGCCGGAGAAGGAGCCGAGCAUGGGAGGAGGACGGAAAGGGGUCAGUGAUGAGGGCGACAGGGGAGGUGACAGGAGCGACCUUUGUCCCAGUUCAGCACCCACAACCCCCAGAUCCCACACAGCCAGUCCCGCCUUGUCCUCUGGAGGCUCUGGAGGAGGCAUGGUCCGGAUGACGAGCUUUGCAGAGCAGAAGUUCAGGAAGCUGGAGGGAAGGAGUAGUGGAGGAACCACACCAGAGAGUUCAGAUCUCAAUAUGCCAUACACACACCUGCCAAAAAGCAUUUCUUCUCAGAUGUCUACGCCUCCUUUGCCAAUCACAUCUCCCUCUCCAGUAACGCCCUCUCCGAGAGACCCCUCCCACCUGAUAGCCUCAGAGAUGAUUCAGCUGAGGAUGAAGCUGGAGGAGAAACGGAGAGCCAUUGAAGCCCAAAAGAAGAAGGUGGAAGAAGCUUUCACCCGCCAUCGUCAGAAGAUGGGCAGAACAGCCUUUCUAAAUGUAGUGAGAAGAAAAGGAAUCACCGCCCCCUUCAGCUCGGGCGCAGCAGGAGCAGCUUCUCCAGAGCCACGCGCCGCCUCAAUGGAAACCAACCACGGCAGCAUGGAGCGGGCGGAGAGAUGCAAGCCAGACGGAGCAGCUCCUAAAUCCCCCUGUGAGGAGGGUGGAGGCAUGUCUCCGGGAGAAGUCGACCUGACAGAAUACACCCGCUCCAUCGAGAGGCUGAACACGUCGUUGGGCUUCCUGCAGACGGAGAUGCAGCGCAUGGCCCUGCAGCAGGAGACCAUCAUGUCCAUGCGAGAGCAACAGCAACAAGCCUGGGUCAUUCCUCCUCCGGCUCCAUCUCCGCACAGGCAGCUCCGUGAGUUGCGUAGCAGCAGCGUAACAGGCCGGGGGUCAGGACGAUGCUCGGUGGGGUCUUUGUCUCCCAUCCUUUCUUCUUCCGGCUCUCCUCGGACUCCCGUUGGCAUUAAGCGCCGUCCGGCCUCCUUCCAUGCCAGGACGCCGAGGACUCCGCGGCCAAAUGAUCUGAAGGUCACACCUUUCAGUCGAAUGCUCAACACCCAGACCUCAGUGGACAGCCUACCCAGACUAAGACGUUUCACACCCAGCCAAACCCAGAACAGCUCGUUUGCUUACCUGAGCCACAGCGACGGGCCCCUGGAAGGGAAGAACCAAGAGGCCAAGGACAACAAAGAAAACACAAAGGACAAAGAAGAUGGCGUGGUCAAGAAGAGUGCUGGCACUCCUCAGCUGUCGAGGAGAGAAGCAGCCAAAGAGAAGGAGGAUGAGCGACAGGGGGAACGAAAGGGUGAAGUCAAGCAAACAAGGUCAUCAGAGGUGUUGUGUCAACCGACGUCUGAGAUCCAAGGGCCCUCAGCCAGCCGGGUCAAGGGAGACCCCCAGGGCAGAAAAGACCUGGUGGAGGUGGCUCUGUCGGGGCUGAAGCCUCGAGGAGGACCACCCUGCAGCCAGGAGAUGACGGGAGAGGGUGAAGGAGAUAGAGAGGCAGGAGGAGACACUUAUGGAAAAGACCAAAAGAUGUGCUGUGGAUUCUUCUUCAAGGAUGAUGUGAAGGGGGAGGAGGACAUGGCAGCAAAGAAAGCCGCUCUGCUGGAGAAGAGGCUUCGGAGGGAGCAGGAGGCUCAGGAGAAGAAGCAACAGCAGGAGCUCGACCAGGAGCAGAAGAGGGAGGCGGCAGGGUUGAAAGUGGAGGAGGAGCAGCAGAAGAAGGAUGACGAGAAGGCAAGAAGGGAAUACAUCAAGCAGGAGUUUUUGAGGAGGAAACAGCUCAAGCUGUUUGAGAACAUGGACGAGGUCACGAAGCCCCGAUCGGGAAGUCUCAAGAAGAAGCCGCGGCCCAAGUCCAUCCACAGGGAUGUGAUGGAGUCGCCCACGCCCCCUGUGAGAGCAACAGGGGUGCGUCCACGAGGCUUCUCGGUGUCGAGCGUUUCUUUGGCGUCUCUCAAUCUGGCCGACCACGACAGAGACCAGCCGUAUAACAGGAAGAACUACAGAGGCAAUAAGCUAGCGCAUAUCCCGUUCUUUCUAAGCUCUCCCAAAGACAGAAAGGGGAGGCCAGACUCUGCAGAAGGGUUUUCUUCCUGUCCUUCGACUUGUAGUCGCAACGAAGAGAAGGAUUGGGAAAAUGACUCCACCACCUCAUCCACUCCCUCCAACAACGAGUACACAGGACCCAAACUCUACAAGGAGCCGAGUGCCAAGUCCAACAAGUACAUCAUCCAGAAUGCCCUGGUUCACUGCUGCCUGGCUGGCAAGGUCAACGAAGGGCAGAAGAACAAGAUACUUGAUGAAAUGGAGAAGUCCGAAGCCAACAACUUCCUUUUGUUGUUCCGUGACGGCGGAUGCCAGUUCAGGUCUGUGUACGCCUACUGCCCGGAGACGGAGGAAAUCACCAAACUGGCCGGAAUCGGGCCGAAGAGCAUCACGAUCAAGAUGAUCGAGGGCCUGUAUAAGUACAACUCGGACAGAAAGCAGUUCAGCCUGAUCCCGGCCAAAACCAUGUCCGCCAGUGUGGACGCCAUCACCAUCGGCAGCCAUCUGUGGCAGACCAAGAAGCAGGCGACGCCCAAGAAACUGCACACUAAGUAGCACCAGAUGGCCGCGCAAGAUUUGGACAUACAGUACUUCUCUAGAACGAACACUAGAGAAAUAGUGUAUUUAACAUUUUCAUUCAAAGUACACAUGGUCCCCACUGAAGCCCAACUGGAGAACAGAGAGUUGACUGUUACGCUCUGGACUAACUAUACGGGACACAAGUGUUUACUUAUUAGCAUGUGUAUCAAUGUGCCAAACAAAGAGAAGAAAACAAAAGGCGGACCAUUGCCUUACCUAGUUGAACCACUGAAGCACUGAAUGUCACUCCUCAGAAAGAGGCCGUUUGGUUUCUAUACGUUGAUCAUGUGUGGCCUUAUGCUUGUUUUCUCUCAUAUGGAUGCGCUGUGAUGGUGUUGGUGUCAGUUUGUCAGCACUUGUAAUAAAAAGUCUGUUUGUGAUACAGGAGAGUUUGCGAGCACUCGCAGGUCUGGGAUCAGCUCACGCCCCCUCAAGCAGGUUGUUAAGGGUGGCCCGUCUGAUCCGUGAUCAGGUAGAAGCAGCAUUUUUUAUGAGAGUUUUGCUGCUACACAGGCAUGUUUUUUAGUUCUUGUUUUUCUUUUCUACAUGUGACUGAAACACGUAUAAAUAGUUCAAAUGUGUGUGUGUGUGUGUGUAAUAGUGAAGUGCCAAGAAGGGUGAGGUGAAUACCUCAAUUGGUGAUUGCAAUUACUUUCCAAUAGUGUGGAAUAAUGAGAGUAUUGAGCAUAAGGAGUACCAUGAAACACUUCUGGAAGGCUCCUGCUAUAGACUCUUAAUUAAUUUCAUUUUGAUAAUGCUUUGAAGAUAUUCUGAAAGACAUCUCAGAUGUUAUUCAGAGAAACAUGAUGAUAUUCUGUACGUAUAUAUAUAUAUAAUAUAUAAGUUAAGUUUGUAUAUGAUGGCAAAACCCUCCGAAAUGAGCGAGUCUGCUUGGAGGAGCUUUUAUAGUUUAUCACGUAUGUGUGUCAGUGUGUUGUCCUUUGGGGCCUUUACUUAAUGCAACAAGUGUAAUCACUCUACAGUAUCGCUGGUAAGACGAUCGUCAGUAGUAGAAUAGACAGAAAUCUCACUCUGUGUCAUCAGUCUGUGCAAUUUAAUUUGAAUAAUCUCCAGUGACCAUGUUGGAGUUGGAACUAACAAAUACUUAAGAUGCCACUUUAAUGUGGAUAUUGUCUUAACUGUUAGAGCUUGAUUACCCUCAAAGUACAUUGUAAAUAAAUUAAUUCAUCCAUGAUACUACUUCAAGACCUUGUCCAAUGGCGUUGAGUUGUUUCCGCUUCAGUACCGUCACGCUUGUUACUUUACUUUUACAUAACUUUUUGUCACAUGUGUUGGCACUGUACAUAUAUAUAUAUUUUGGCAUAUAGAAGUAUUUUUUGUAAUGACAUUGACCUGUUGGAGGUGUGUACUGAUGAAGCAGUACAGCUGUUGAAGGAAGUGUGAUGAAAGCAGAUGCAAGGUGUAUGAAAUCGUAUGAAGGCGGUAUUGUGUAUGUAUGAAAGCCAUAAAGCAUACUGAGAUUUUUUCCAAUUUUUAAUUCAUUUUCUUCUUAAUUUACUAAAUAUGCUCAACUGUUCAUGGAUUUUUUUUGUUUUCCUAUUACUUUGAGCUUUAUUAAAAUGCAAGCUAUCAACAGUA